AUGCAGGUCCUUGUCCUGCUCUCACUCGUCCUCCCCAGCCUGCUGCCCCCGGCCGGCACCACCGACCCAGGCCAGCCCUGCUCGUCGGAGAUGAACAAGGUCAAGGACCUGCUGGAGGUGAACUGCACAGGGCAGGCUCUCAGCGCGGUGCCCCCAGACCUGCCAGCGGACACGGGCAUCCUGCUGCUCAACGCCAACCGCCUGGUGUCUGUCUCCACCGCUGCCUUGCUGCCCCUCGCCCAGCUGCAGGACCUUGACCUGUCCGACAACGGGCUGGUGGCUCUGCACACCGGGCCCCCGCUGCCAUCCCUGAGGGAGCUGAUCCUCUCCCGCAACACGCUGGGGGCUCUGCCGGCCCUGCAGGGGCUGCCCGACCUGGACCUGAGAGGGAACCGCCUGCGGACGCUGCCCCCGGAGGUCUUUGCGGGGCUGAGGGCGCUCAAGGACUUGGACCUCUCGGACAACCUCCUGGAGGAGCUCCCCCAGGAGCUGCUGCAGGAUCUGCAGAAGCUGGAGAUCCUCUGGCUCUCGGGGAACCGCCUGCAGACCCUGCCCACCGACUUCUUCCCCGAGGGGCACUUCUUUGCGUAUGUCUUCCUCACGGAGAACCCCUGGCACUGCGACUGCGCCCUGCGCUACCUGCGGAACUGGAUCCGGCAGAACGAGGGCAGCGUCUAUCAGCCGGACCGGGGCCUGGACAACACAAAGGUGGAGGUUGCCCCUGAGAGGGUGCUGUGCCACAGCCCCCCUGAGCAUUGGCAGAAGCCCAUUAUCAGCUUCAAGCCCAACUGUGGCAAUGUGGGGGAUGCAGAUGAGGAGGAAGAGGAUGAAUACGGCAAUUGGGAAGAAGUGAUGGAGAAAGCUACCAUGACCACCUUCUUUCCCCAACAUCCAUCCAGCCCCAAAGAGCACACCACCAUGCCCCAUGCUGUUCCAUGGCCUCUCCCUGCUACCACAAGACCUCCCCUCAGCAUCCCUGGUAGCUCCACCCUUGCCCCAAGCACUUCACUUGCAAUGCCUGCCAGCACCAGAGCUCCCAGUACCACCACUUCUCCACCAGCCAGUCCCACUGUCCCACGCACGCAGACCCCCAGCACUGCCGCCAUGCUCAUUGCAGCUCCCACCAGCACCCCUCAUAGACCCACCACCCCGGUCUCUGUCACCUCACUGCCAACCACUACAAGCACCAGACCUGCCAGCACCAGCAGCCAUCCCCAAACCACCCUUGCCUCUGGCACUACCAGCACCUGUGCCACUCUCAUGGUGUCCACUGACAUGUUUUCCACUGCCUCCACGGCAGUGCCUUCUACUGACGUGCUAGAGGCCUCUUCUGUUGUCAGAUCUUCAUCUCCUCCUCUGACGUCAACUAUGCCCAUGGUCUCCACCACCAUGCUUUCCAGUCAUGCCCCGACACCGCCAGCUCCCCCGAACACCACAGGCUUCACCCAGCCUGCACCUUCCCCUCCGCCUGCACCUCUCCCCCUCUGCCCGUGCUCCACCCCAGGACUGGCGGUGCCGGUGCUGCGCUUGCGGGCGGGUGAGGAGGGUCCGCAGUGGGUACUGAAGCAUUGCUGCCUGUUGCACUGGGUGCUCUACCUGGCCUCCUUGGCUCUGCUGGUCCUGACUGUGCUGGCUCUAGCAGGCGGGCUGGCAUGGAUGUGUCUGGCGGGACGGCCCUCCUGGCGCAAGUCCCCACAGACCCAAGAGGUGCAGUUUCUACCGCUGAGACAGAGGGAGUCAACAGGCAGCCCUGUGAUGCAUCUCAGCAGCUUCGGAAGAUCCCUCCAGCGCCCCACGUUCUGUACCAUCAAGGAAGUAGAGCUGUGCCCUCAGGUCACUUACUGCACUAUUAAAGACCUGGGGAUACAGCGCAGUCCUCCUGCAAGUUCCUCCUUCCGCACCACAAAGGAGCUGUGGGUCCACCAUAGUCCUCCGAAUGUUUCGUUCAAGUCUUUCUCCAAGGAGCUGAGGGUCACAAACCUUGACUCCCUCAGGACCCCUUCUGCUUACAGCCUGGACAGGGGUGUCCAGGCCAUCGGUGAUGUCAGGGUGAAAUAUGCUUAA